GCUGUUUUCUUUGUGUAAAACAUUCCAUUAGGGACUGAAAUAAUAAAAUAUUUGAAUACACAGAAAUAGUAUAAUGGCACUGUCCAGACCCAUCUAUAUCGUAGCUGCAAAAAGAACAGCUUUUGGAGCAUUUGGAGGUAAAUUUAAAGAUGUCUCUGCAACUGUUCUUGGUGAAAAGGCUGCCUCUGCCACCAUAGCUGCAGCAAACCUUGACCCAUGCCAUGUAAAGUCUGUUAUCUUUGGUAAUGUCAUUCAGAGUUCAUCAGAUGCAGCUUAUCUGGCACGCCACAUUGGUUUGCAGGCUAACGUACCAAUAGAAGCUACCGCCUUGACAGUUAAUCGUUUAUGUGGUUCAGGAUUUCAGGCUGUGAUAAAUGCCGCUCAGGAAAUUAUUCUGGGUGACGCUGACAUUGUUCUUGCAGGUGGUUCAGAAAACAUGAGUCAAGCGCCGUUUGCAAUAAGAAACUCUAGAUGGGGAAUUAACCUAGGCGAACAAAGAGAGAUGGAAGACACCCUGUGGUCAGGUUUGACUGAUUCAUAUAUUAAUACACCCAUGGGUGUGACGGCUGAAAACCUAGCAGAAAAAUACUCAACUACUAGGCUGGAAUGUGAUGAGUUUGCGUUAUCAUCACAAGAUAGAUGGGCUAAAGCACACCAAGAUGGAGUGUUUUCUGAUGAAAUAGCACCUGUGGAGGUGAAAAUAAAACGCAAGACUGUUGUAGUAGACACAGACGAACAUCCUCGUGUUGGCGUUACUUUAGAACAACUCCAAAAACUGCCACCAGUUUUCAAAAAAAAUGGUACCGUAGCUGCAGGAAAUGCUUCUGGAAUAUGUGAUGGUGCUGCAGCAUUGCUGGUUGCGUCUGAAGAAGCAUGUAAAAAACAUAACCUAGCCCCACUAGCACGUAUUGUAUCCUACGGUGUUUCAGGUGUUGAUCCCAGUAUAAUGGGUAUUGGACCAUGUCCCGCAAUCAAAACAGCACUUAAGAAUUCAAAUAAAUCUUUAUCUGACAUGGCUUUAGUCGAGGUGAACGAGGCUUUUGCAGCACAAUAUUUAGCCGUUGAGAAAGAAUUAGGUUUGGAUCGUAGCAUAACCAAUACAAAUGGUGGAGCGAUUGCUCUUGGUCAUCCUUUGGGUACAUCAGGUGCCCGAAUUCUUACACAUCUAACGCAUGCGCUCAGAAGAACUGGUGAACAAUAUGCUGUUGGUUCUGCAUGUAUCGGUGGUGGACAAGGAAUUGCUGUAGUAUUAGAGAAUAUGAAGUAAUUUUAAAUAAUGAAAUUAAUUUUACCUUGUGUGGUGGAUGCACUAGCUUUUUCGUAACUAUGGCAUAGAUUUAUUGUGAUUUGAAAUAGACUUCUCGUAACUGUGCCGUAAAUUUCUUGUAAUUACGUAAUAGACUUCUCGUAAUUACCAUUUAGAAUUUUCGUAAUUAUUAAAAGAUUUUUAGUAUUUUCGGUAAUUAUGCUGUAGAUUUAUCGUAAAUAUGCCUUACAAUUCUCGAAAAUGUCUUCUACAAUUCUAGUGACUAUGCAAUAAACUUCUCGUAACUCAUAUUUUUAGGUAAUUAAGAAAAAACUGAAUUUGAUCGAGUUAAAAAAACUUGCCGUCAAGUCAAAUAUAGGGAAAAAUUUUUGUAUUUGAUUCAUCUAUGUUUAGGUGAUCGUACGAUCUAGCGUAGACCGAAGAAGAGUUUUUUUGGUCUCCCUCCAUCUACUUUCAGCCAGCUCCAUUACCUCUGUUCUUUUGAUAAAAAAUUCCCUUGCAUUUGUUUCUUGCAAUGGCUUUAAGCGAGAAAAAGUCUCUAGUUUAAACAUGAAGAAUGAAAUUAAAUUUGAUAUUUUUCGAGGGUUUUUUCUUAUAAUAGUUAUUUUGUUGUCGUGUGUUGAAAUUUACACGUUGUAAAGAUUUUUAUUAAAAUAAUUUUUGAGAAAAGUUAUUUUAUUUCCGCAGUAGAACGAAUCCAAUAAAAAAUAUCACUUCCGUACUCCA